AUGGCGAUGCUCGCCGCAAGGAGAUCUUGGGCUCUUGCACAGGGCGCCCAGAGCCGAUGCUUCGCAUCGCAAGCGCCCAAGGUGACCAGCAAGGUCUACUUCGACAUGUCCAUCGGCAAAGAGAAGGCAGGCAGAAUCGUCAUGGGCCUUUACGGAGAUACGGUGCCAAAGACAGCCGAGAACUUUCGGGCGCUGUGCACUGGGGAGAAGGGAUUCGGAUUCCAGGGCUCUGCAUUCCACAGGGUCAUCAAGGACUUCAUGAUCCAGGGUGGCGACUUCACCAGGGGCAAUGGCACAGGUGGAAAGUCCAUCUACGGUAACAAGUUUCCGGACGAGAACUUCACCUUGAAGCACACGGGACCCGGUGUGCUGUCGAUGGCCAAUGCCGGCCCGAACACGAAUGGAAGCCAGUUCUUCAUUUGCACGGUGCCCACGCCCCAUCUCGACGGCAAGCACGUCGUCUUUGGGAGUGUUGUCGAAGGCAUGGACGUGGUCAAGAAGAUCGAAUCGCAGAACGGCACGCCGCCAAGGAAGGCCUGCGUCAUCGAGGAGUGUGGCGAGCUUUCUGAGUGA